CUCGCUCAACGCAAUGCCGUCGAAGAUUAGCGAAUCAGACUUGGAUUAUUGGAUCGAAAUUACGUCGAAAUGUGGAUGUCUCGACGAGAACGAUUUGAAGAAACUCUGCGAUUACGUGUGCGACUUGUUGCUUGAGGAGUCAAACGUACAGCCCGUUCAAACGCCGGUGACCGUGUGUGGCGAUAUUCACGGGCAGUUCUACGACCUCGAAGAGUUGUUCCGUACCGGUGGGAACAUUCCAGAUACGAACUACAUCUUCAUGGGCGACUUCGUCGACCGCGGAUAUUACAGUCUAGAGACAUUCACGAGGCUUUUGACGCUGAAAGCCAAGUAUUCAUCAAGAAUCACUUUACUGAGAGGCAACCACGAGAGUAGGCAGAUCACACAAGUUUAUGGAUUUUAUGACGAAUGUCAGCAGAAGUAUGGCAAUGCUAAUGCCUGGCGUUAUUGCUGUCGAGUCUUCGACUUUUUGACAGUUGCUGCUAUAAUUGAUGAGGAAAUCCUGUGUGUCCAUGGUGGGCUGUCUCCAGACAUUCGCACUGUUGAUCAGAUACGAACUAUUGAUAGAGCAAUGGAAAUACCACAUCAAGGAGCAUUCUGUGAUCUCGUUUGGUCUGAUCCUGAAGAUGUCGAGACGUGGGCUGUCAGUCCUAGGGGAGCAGGAUGGCUGUUUGGAGCAAAAGUCACAUACGAGUUUAUGCACAUCAACAAUUUGUCAUUGAUCUGUCGAGCCCACCAGCUUGUCCACGAAGGAUACAAGUAUAUGUUCAACGAGAAGCUCGUCACCGUCUGGUCGGCACCCAACUAUUGCUAUCGCUGUGGUAACGUUGCCUCCAUACUCGAAUUUCAAGGAGACAACACUCAUGGCGAGGCGAAGAUUUUCAAAGCCGUUCCCGACUCUGAGAGGGUCAUACCUAAACGUACGACGACGCCAUACUUUCUGUAGGGACUUGGCAUCUGUGUAUAGUUGGUAGGGAUUUUUUAUUGGUGGCGGUUGGGUGAGUAAGUAUUUUGAGCGAUUGAAUGGUUAAUUGUUGUAUAGGGGAUUUGUCGAGGGUUGUACACAUACUCUAUGAAUAAAUGUGUUGUGAGAGACGUUGAUUGA